CGUGUGUGGUGGUGGUGGUGGGGGGGGUUGUUGUCAAACUGAACUGGAUCACUGUCCUUGCUCUGCGGUCUGUCAAACUGAAACGAGUCUAAAAGUGCUUUCAAAUCAUGUUAUUACAGGUGUGAACAAUAUCACCAUUGGAUGUAACUGACGGUGCACACAUUGCUUACAAUGUACAUUGAAUAUACAUGGUGUAUUACCUGAUUUACACUUUUGAUGUUGUCAGUACCAUAUUUUACCAGUAUAAAUGAAAUCUGAGUUUAUUUCAGGUUGACCUGUUCCACUGGUGGAUUUAAGGUUGUACUGGACCUAGCUUUGCAAACCAGCGUGACAAGAAUGUUUCAAUGAUUAAGAUUUGAACAGGACGUUGUUUCAUUGAGUCAACUGUGUACAGAAGAAGGAACAUUUUCAUGAGUCAACACAACCUAACUAGAAUGAUGCCAUCAUUUUUAGGACUUGAUUCUCAACUUCUGCACUUCAUCAAAGCUUCCAAUGGAUUGAACAGACUGUCAGCUUGCCUUACAUGCAGUAUUUCCUCACUGUAUGCUGCAAAGUCUGUUUACAGCAAAGCACAAAUUGUUUGUUGCAGAAAUGUUCAGUUUCGUCCCAUGAGAGUUCAUAACAAACUACUUCAUGAAGCUUGUCAUUCAUCGAAGCAAGCUCAACCAACGUCUUUUGAGAGGGGCAUGUUGGACAGUAUACCUACAUCGGAGUGGAUGGAUGAAGCAACAUUGUAUGUUCAUUGGCCUUACUGCCAGCGACGCUGUACAUACUGUAACUUCAACAAAUAUAUUGACAAGGUCGUGGAUCAUGCCAAAAUGCAACAGUGUCUUGUGCAGGAGGCACGAACAUUAAUUGAUCAAAGUGGGAUAAAACGCAUCAAGUCAGUCUUCUUUGGGGGAGGAACACCAAGUUUAGCAAAGCCACAAACAUUACAGGCUGUCUUGGAUACAGUGUCAGGCUUGGUUGAUGUAUCGUCCAAUGCUGAAGUCACUAUGGAAGGGAAUCCAACUUCUGUGGGUCGUACCAAACUACAAGAUUUCAAACUAGCAGGCAUUAAUCGUGUUUCACUUGGCAUACAGGCAUUGAAUGAUAAUGAUCUGAAGCUUCUUGGCAGAGACCACACCACAUCUGAAUCCUUGCAAUGCAUUGAAGAAGCAAGAAGAGUUUUCCCUGGACGUUUAUCCCUGGACAUCAUCUUUGGGCGGCCAGGACAGACACUGUCCUCAUGGGAGCAAGAACUGCAACAGUUGUUAACAAUCUGUGACAAUCAUUUGUCUUUGUAUCAGCUAACACUUGAAAGAGGCACAACAUUAUUUGAAAUGCACGCAAGGGGUCAGGUACGGUUGCCUUCUCAUGAUGAUGUUGCCGAUAUGUACACAUUGGCGGUUGAUAUGAUGGAAGAGGAGAGACUGAAGAGAUAUGAGGUUUCAAACUUUGCUAAGGAGGGAUACGAGUGCAUACACAACCAGUCAUACUGGGCGGGUGGGCAGUAUAUUGGAAUAGGUCCUGGAGCUCAUGGACGAUUUAUACCACAAAACUGUGAAAGUGUUAAUGAAUGUAAAAGUUACAGCAGGGACAGUUUUAAAACGUGUAUCAAGCCAAACCAUGAGUACACCACAAGUAGAUCUGAAAUCAAACAAGGUAGCAAUUCAAUGAGAUAUCGUGAGGCCAGAAUUCAGACAUUGGAGCCUAGGUCUUGGAUGUAUGAGGUUCUCAAAUAUGGACAUGGAACUAGGAAGAGAGUCAGCCAAUCACAGCUUGAUAUCCUACAAGAGCUGCUCUUGGUAGGAAUGAGAACAAACCUAGGUGUAACCUGCAAACGAUGGGCAGAGUUAUCACAAGGAGGGUAUAUGAGUGAUGUAUUCUGUGAUGAUAAUGUACAGAGACUUGUCCAAGCUGGACUUCUUGUCAAAGAUAGAAUAGGUUUGAGAGCCACAGCAAACGGUAUGGCACUGCUUGACUGUAUAAUUCCACAUCUGAUUGUCACACUGCAAGACUGGUACAGGGAAAAUUGUGAUUCUGAUUAAUUAGUUAUGGGAGAAAUAACAAUGGGUAACUGUAGUUGAGGUUUUGCCAAAUUAUCAGGCCCAACUUGGCCAGUUUUCCCAUGUUGAAUGUAAUCUGUAUGGCUUUUGGAAACAUUGCCUACUCUUUUGAAGGGGUGGCUUUCCCAAUUCAUUUUUUCUGGUCUUUUUUCCAAAAAGUUUACUUUAUGUAUUGGUCUACUUUUCUUACCUCACCUCCACCCUUGUCCACAUUUUCCUUUAAAAUGUUUCGAGUCUUUUGAGUUUGGGACUGAAUCAAUACUUGCACAUUAUGCUUGUUCAUGGGGAUGCAUGCAAUCUGAUCGGCAUGGGGACCAUUUAUCCUAAUCCAUUUUUUGAGUUACAACACUAUUUUCUUAAGAUUGAAAUGUCAAUCACAUUUUAAUGUAAUUCUCAAACAAAUUAAAAAAAUAAAAAAAUAACAUUUUAAAAAGUUUUAUACAAACCAACUGUUCAAAAGUAUGGUAUGUAAGAUUUUAUUUCACUUGCAUCCAAUAAUGAAUGAUGUUAUGCAAGAAGCUAAUCAUUUAGAUGUUAAAACCAUACAGUAAUUCAAGUCGAUAUUUCAGUUCGUGAGAAUUAUAGAAUAAAAUGAUGGGAGAAAUAUU